CUAGGCGUAUGAUUAAUGGAUUUUAAACCACAAACCGAUUUCAAAUUCAACGAAGCACUAACGGAUUCCUUCGUAAUCCACCAACAACGUCACAACAUGUCACAAACGAACGUGUUGCGCUCGGGCGCAUCACUGCUACUGCUCUGUGUAGCCUUCCUAUGUGGCAGCAUAGGCAUCACGCAUGCGCAGGAGAAUAUUAUGCCACAAAUUCCGCCCUCACUGGCCGAAUGCUAUAACACCAGUUACUUUAUGAAUCGUCAAAAUCGUCUGCCCGCCACAAUUGAAACGCUGAUCUCGCUUAUCGAAAAAGUGGAGAACACACCCAACUACAAUCAUGACAUGCGCACACUCGCCGUGGCGCUGCUGCAGCGCUUCCGUCAGGAUGGCAUACAGCGCGCCUAUGGUGUUGCCGAAUCGCCCGGCGUGAUCCCAUACAGUCCGACCGGUUUCCAGUUUCCGAAAUUCCGCAUAUUGCUAUCGCGUCUCAUACCCGGCAAUGCCUUCACUUUCCCCAACAGCACGCUGACACGUGAGGAGCGCUGUUCGCUGCACUUUAUGCUCUCCAGCUCGCUGGAUUUGCGUGUGCGCGGCGACGAAGGUCAGGUGUGUAAUCGUUUGUCACAGUAUCGCGCGCAGCGCUUGCGACGCUCCGUCAAUCGGGAACGUAACGGCGGUAUGAUCGGCGAUGUCGAGAUGUUGGAGAGUCUGAAUGCUAAAGCGCAAAAGCAAGGCUUCAAUAAGAAGGGCGCCUACAAUGCAUUCGAUAACGAUUGGGGCUGGACGAAUACGGGUAAUUCCAACAACAAUCAAAUCAGUCAAUGUCCCGUGGAGAACGGUGUUAUUUGGACGCCUUGGGGCACAGUAUCUGCUGGUACGCUUUUAGCCGGCGUUGCUACCGGCUUACAACAACAGUCUGUACAGUUGCGCACAUUGUUGGCGUUAUCGAGCCGCAAUAAUGGCUAUACAAAUCUGCCACAGACAGCCACCGUGAAUGUGGAUAAUCGUUGGGCUGCCACGCUAGCUGGUGAUCUGGCCGAAGUGGCGCUGGUGCAAGUGCCGUUCACAUCAACGGAUACGGCCUCGGUGGGCGCUAAUGGUGCCUGGAAUAGUACGGUGAUGCCGGAAUGGUACUUCUUGACACAGCGUCAAAACUUUGAAAUGACCGACGCCGAGAUACGUGGCGGCUUGGAUGGUCUGAUUAUUGCAAUGAAUAUCGUUUCGUGGCGUAAUCAAGCCUCGAAUAUGAAGUUGUCUCAGCUGCUGCGCAUGUACUACUCGACGAAUGGCGUGUUGAACAGUGGCAUUAUGGCAUGUAACCGUAAAAGUAACUUCAACCAAUAUGCAUCAGGCACCGCGAUGCUUGGUCAGACGAGCGCUUUCGCACAGGUAUUGGAUCGCGAGAUGCAAUUGGGUGUCACAUUGCAGCCCGCAAACAUUGCGCAAUUCUCUCAGUCGGCUGUCGCAGCUCUGCAAAACUAUGUCCCGAAUAGUCUUAACGACGUUACCUGUUCUGUUAGCAGCAGCGCCAAUGGCGUUUCCAAUGCGAUCACACCCAUGACCAAUAUUUAUGUGUUCUUGGAUACAACUUGGCAAUACAGCAAUAUCGUUGAUUAUCUCAAUUACAUACUGCAGCGUAUCAACGUGAACCCCUAUGCCAGUUCGGUCACUUUGCUAGCUGCUAACGAUGGUUCGGUUAUUGUCAAUACCACCAAUUAUCUAUUUGACGUUUAUCAAAACUGGAAUGUGACGCUGCAAUCGCAAUUUAACACUGGCUUUAAUUUGCCCAACGUCUUGAAGGCUGUGCAAAACUUGAGUCAAGCCUACAUGAUUGCCGAACAAACAAACUCCUCGGUGGGUGGACGCUCGCUGAUCGCUUUAAUGAUGCCCUACAGCACAGUGCAAGUGAGCGCCAGCGAUUCUUCCUAUGCCACCACACAAUUGCAAUACAUUUACGAACAAAUACCCGAUCUGCAUUUCAUUUACUACACGAGCGGUCAGAUCAACCGUUUCGCGCCGUACGUACGCGAUCCCAGCCAAGAUUUGUUUACGCUGAAUACGGGCAACACUGCGUCCUCUUCGUCCGCGCCAGUUGUGUCGCGUAUCAAUCAAAUUCCACGUCGUCUCAUCAACCCACGUUGCGGGUCCACCUGGUCUACACCCUCGUGGGGCACCGAUCAAUUGGCGCAGUAUCUUAGCCCGAACGGUACGAACUUCUAUCGCAUGAUGCCCAACUACUUCUUCGGCGCCGGCAGCAAUCGCAAUGUGGCCAUACAAUCGACCAGCGGCGUUCAGUUCAUCAUCUGCACCUCGCGCACCGUACCACUGCCAACCCAGAGCAAUGCCACCAACUACAAUGGCGCUUCGUCCGACAUCAAUUGCGCCACAAUUGGCAACGGGUUCUCCUAUGAUCUGUCCAACGCUUGCAACGGCUACAGUUACAUCAACCAGUGUCCACCGCUGUAUCUCUCGGUGCAGGCGCCCGCUACAAUCCAAUCUACGGUCUCAUGCAAUGACAACGCUUGUCAAACACCGAAUCAAGCACGUUAUGUCGUCGCGGUGACCAAUUUGGGUUGUUAUAGUGGCGUAGCUGGUCUCUUUGCCAGCUUCGUUACUGUUGCGCUAGCGUAUUUCCUGCGUGAAGCCUUGCAGUAGUGCCUUAUUUCUUUAGUAUUUUUUCUACAUACACACACAUAUUUUCAUAAUUUGGUUUACCAGUGUUGCCACUGUACUUAGUACAGUAUUGAAAUUCAGCGUUAAGUUUAUCAGCAUCCCAAAGACACGAGACACAAUCCUCCAUAGUACACAAUUAUCAUAUAUUUAAAUAAUCUAUUUUAUAUAGACGGCUAAGUUCAUCAAUUUGUACUUCUAUCAUAUGAAUAAUAUUUAAUAAUAUAAAACAUAUUGUUGGUUUACAUUCCACUAUAAUUUAUUGUAUACUCGUAACACGAAUAAAGUACGAAUGCCAUAAACGUGAAUCAACGAAAAA